GAGGCAAAGUGGGAUGUGGAAUACCAGACACGUAAACAAUCACUUUUCCAACAGCCAAACAAGGCGGCCUAUGCUCAAAGAGUAGCAACAGAACAACAUACCGGCGACAGUGCGACACCAUUUCGACUAAAUAUACAUACAUUCAUAUCAAUACAUUUAUAUCUCUGAUCUGAAAAUUUUCAUUUCAAUCAACGAUCAGACCGCCAUGGCCAACAACAUCAACGACGACGAUCUCUACGCUUUCGAUUUCGAUGACUCUCUUUCUCCUCCCACCAACCUCCACUUCUUCAUCUCCUCCUCCUCCUCCUCCUCCUCCACUCAUUCUCACAAUUUCUGUCCCUACCCCAAUUAUCCCCAGUCUGAUUCCGAUUCCGAUUCUGAUUCUGAUCCUGAUUCUGAUCUGGAUUCGAAUCCAUUUCACGACAACGAAGACGAAGACGACCAAUUGAAUUUCGUCACAAACCUCUUCGCAUCUCGCGAACAAGAAUACAUCGCAGCAGACGAUCAAGAUGUGAAUUAUGGGUUAGGGUUAGGGUUAGGUUUUGGGUCUGGGUCACGAAUCGAAUUCGAUAGAGUUAGUGAAUUCUCAUCCACUCGUGGCGUGAAUUCGAGUACCGAUGGUCUUCGAGUUGUUGGAAUCGAAUCUGAUUCGGACUCCGAGGAGGUGGGUCAGGACGUCAAUUCUAGGGUUAGUGACGAUGGUGAGACUGAUUCGCUCGGGGAGGUUAUGCCUCUCUUUUGGGAUUGUCUUGGAUUUGAGGAACGAAGAGAAGCCAAUAAUGAAGAAUUUGAGUGGGAAAGGGUUGAUGAGGAAGGGGAGGGUUUGAGCUCGGUUAUUGAUGGCAUUGAACAACUAUCGGUAGCUUCUCGAGUUUCAAUCAACGAGGAAUCGAGUGAUAUUGGGGAGGAAGCUUUGCGAGAUUUCGAAUGGGAAGUUCUUUUAGCUGUUAAUAAUUUGGAUAGACUCCAUGAAUUGGACCAUCACGGCGACAGUGAUGGCGUUUCGUAUUUAGCUGUUAGGGAUGGUUAUAUAUAUGCAGCUGUGUACGAUACGCUAUUUGGACAAUUUGUGCAGAAUGAAAGUGCUUUGAAGGGUAGUCCACCGGCUUCCAAAGCUGUUGUGGAAAAUCUUCCGUCUGUGGCAUUGACAAAGGAAGAGUUGCAAGAAAACAAUGUAGUUUGCGCGGUUUGUAAAGAUGAGAUUUUGGUGGAGGAGAAAGUGACAAGGCUACCUUGCUGUCAUCAUUAUCACGGGGACUGCAUUGUCCCGUGGUUGUGUAUUCGUAAUACAUGUCCUGUUUGUCGGUAUGAGUUGCCCACAGAUGAUCUGGAUUAUGAGCAGAGGAAAACCCAAAGGGUGAGUCUUGAUAUGCCACAGGAUUUUCAGGAUCAAGGGCUUGAUGACAGCUUUUGGUGUACGCUUGGGUUGGAAAUGCACUUGUCUAUCCUCCAGUAGUGCUCAUGCUAGUUAGUCGUCAUUCUUCAAGCUCUUUGCUUGGUGACAACAAUGUGGAGAAGGUGAGCAGUUAUGAUGAAUAGCGGGUUGGGGACCUAGGGCCAAGAUCAAUAUUUUUUCUGGUGCUCUCUAUUCUUUUUGUUCCCGUAAAUGGAUGGUGCUGUAUGGCAUUGGAAGGAACUCAAGGUUCAAGACUUGAUAUUGGUUAAUAUUAGUAGAAUUCUUUCAUUGUCUGAUUCAGAAAGGAAAUUGUCUGGGUUAGUUAAAUGGUAGUAGCUGCCACUGCAAGCAACUAUUUCUGGGCAAUCUCUUCAACUGCUUCCUUUUACAAAUAUAAAAGACAGGUUAUUGGAUGGACAACUCACUUUAUUUCUUCAGCUUCCCCAUUGAAAAGUUGGGGGGAAAUUUUCUUUCUUCAAUCCUUAUCAUCAACUUGUGGACCACUUGAUGCACUAGAUUGUAUGCAGUUUUGAGGGAAAGUUUGCUUCUUGGCUAAUUGGUCAUCAGAGGUGUAGUGAAAGGGAAGAGCUGUUAUUCAACAGUGUGGAAAUUGUAGAAUGAUGAGCUUAAAAGUCACGAGAAAUUAAAACAGCAUAUAGAAUUCUGACAUUCACAUCUUUUUAUUUAGCAAUAAUCAGAAAACUUUUAGCACCUCUUUUGGCAGAGUGAAGGGCAAUCUAGUUAGAGAUUUCUGUGGUUGCUGCAAUGCAAGAGCUUAUGUUAGUGUUUGUGAUAAUAAAUUUGGUUUGUUAAUAUUGUUCUCCUUCAUUGAAUGAAAUGGUAUUUUGCUUUUUGAAUUACUAAAGAUAAUUAGUAUAAUAAUAUUGUAUGUAGUGUUGUACAAACAAUGUCAGCUGGUGUCG